CAACAGGUUGUACACAUGAAGAAUUUGUGACUCUUUGAUCAUCUUGUACAACAUUGACGACAAAACAACUCAAAAAUGGCCAAGCUUAAGGCAGCAUCUCAGUGUAACUGUUCGUGUGAUAGCUGCUGCUGUAAGAUGCCUGUAAAUGUAAUAGGGACUGCAAAUGGAAGUGUGCAAGCUAAUGGUGACACAGAUCGACGCCCAUUUCAAAUCGCAUGCGAGUGGGAUCGCAAYAAAACACAACAAUUUUCAGACGACGGCACUAAUACAUUCUUUUGGCAAGCCCAUACGAUUACUGUUCUUAUUGGCAUGUUGUGUGUAUUAGUGUAUGUUGCACUGUUUGAAGAAACUCCAUAUGACACACACUACAACACAAAAAGGGGUUUGUUCGCAUGUGUCAUGGUUUUCUUGUUGUUUGGUGUGACCCAAAUAAGAGACAGUUCUUUUAAAAGACCACAUCCUGCUUUUUGGCGUCUUAUGAUUUGUCUCAGCGUUGUUUAUGAGUUGGUUUUGAUAUACAUCUUAUUCCAGAAUCUAGAUGAUGCAAGACAGCUAUUAAAGCACAUUGAUAAGAAACUUGGAAAGCCUCUUCCUGAAACUCUUUAUUGUCAAGAUUGCAGCUUCUACACUCCAGGUCACCCUGAGGGGCCUUUCCACAAUUUCUUAGAAAAGUGUGAUUUCUUUGUGUUUUGCCAUGUAGCUGGYUGGUGGGCAAAGACAUUAAUGCUGAGAGACUGGUGGCUUUGUACAGUUAUAAGUCUGAUGUUUGAAGUCUUGGAGUAUACAUUAGAACAUCAAUUGCCAAACUUUUGUGAAUGUUGGUGGGAUCAUUGGAUUAUGGAUUUUGUUAUAUGUAAUGGUCUUGGGACAUAUUUAGGGAUGAAAACUUGYGAUUAUCUUGCUAUCAAGCCCUUCCACUGGCGAGGGUUAUACAAUAUCCCAACUUACAAGGGAAAGUUAAAGAGAGUCGCAGAGCAAUUUACACCAUACUCUUGGACACCCUACAACUGGGGGGCCACACUAAGUUUAAAACGUUGGUUGGCUGUUUGUGGUAUAAUCACUGUGUUCCUUAUAGCAGAACUUAACACAUUCUACCUCAAGUUUAUUUUGUGGCUUGAGCCUCCACAUGCUCUUAACUGGAUCCGUGCUGUAAUGCUGUUGUUUAGUGGGUGCCUUGCAYUGAAUGAGACUUACGAGUAUAUGAGUGACAAAAACUGUAAGCGAUUUGGCCAACAAGCAUGGGUUGUAUCAGCCAUUAUAGCUACAGAAGUGCUAAUAUGCUUCAAGUUUGGAUCGGAAAUUCUCUCUCUACCAUUCCCAACCCACGUGGUUUACUUCUGGAUAGCGUUUACCAUUGGCUGGUUUUGCUGGACUGUCUGGCAUUUCUGGCCAACAAAAGUACAUCACGAUUUAAAAGAGAYACCCAAACAUAUGAAAAAUGGAAAAACUGAUUAACGAAGUGCGCUCGCGCACAAUUUUAUAAUUUUAUUGCWCUCGUUUUUGUAGUGUUUUUGCAUUGUUUUUCGCUCUCUUGAAGACGAAAAAUAACAAUAAGACGUUACGAAAACGGACCGGUGUGGACGAAAYCACCUUAUAAACACUAAACAAAGAAUGAGAGAGUGACUCGGGCGCGCUUUGAACUCCACAUGUGUCGAGUUCAGUGCARUUCCAUUYGUUUGUUCCUGCUCAUCAACAUCUCAUUUCCAUUGACUUCGACACGUGUGAAAUUCGGCGUUUUUGACGGAACUAAUUUGGGUGUUUGUCGUGUGGAGUGGUUCAACUUUAUUGAAUUUUUCCAGGGUCUUCUGGAUACUAGUCUAGUUAAAACGACUGUAAAAUCUAUAAGGCUGCAUUUUUCAUGUGUGCCCUUAGGUACCGUAGUAGCAUUUACUCGAAAACAUCCGAGUUAGCGCUAUUUGUUAGUGGCACUGUAUCUCAUGUAUAGGGGCGUUAAAAAGACUAUAAAUGACGAAGAAUGUGCGUAAAAAACUACUAAAGMUAUUGGCACCAUUUUCAAUGCGUAAAUUUAAAAAUGUUUGAAAGCAYUUUUCGUUAUAGUCUUGUAUUUAUGCAUUAUGAUGAAAAGCAUUUUAUUGCUUUAAAUUAUUAUCUAUUUAGCUUAGAAACCGAAUUAUUUUUGUAUGCAUCUUUCAGUUUUUGACACUGAAUGAAUGCUGAUUAUAUUGUAAGAAAAUGAAAAUUUCAGUGGAAGUUUCCGGUUUAUUUAAGGGGGUUCAGCAAAAUCUAUUAUGUACGUCGCUAUCUUGAAUUUUUUCGCCAUUUUAUUUUUGUUYUAUUAGCGGGUAAUCGUAAAAAGCAAACAAAACUAGCUAAAAAUUCAAGAUUACGGGUGUAUAUCAUAAAAAGAGGGGUAAAAAUUACGUGUUGCUAGUAGCUCCCUUCGUUUCAGUAUAUUGCACAGAAAAAAGGAACAUUUUUCGUAAGGACCCGUAAGCAGUUUACAUGAAAUAGAUUGAGGAAACUUGCUACGCGACGGAGCAAUUGAUUUUUACAGGAAAACGAGGCGCCCCUUCAACCCUCAGGGAGGACUGCGGGAAUUUAAUUAAAACACUUGAUAGUCGGGGGAAUUAUAACGUCUAAAUCAAAGAAUAUAUUCAUUUCAGCCACCCAUGUUGUCUCCAACAGCAGCAGGAAAAAGCCGGACUCCCCCGGCAUUUCUCUAGUGUUGGGCAUCCGUGGUUUCAAUUGCUUUAGUGUAAAUUAUAGAUGARAGCCGCCGCUUUUGUACAAGUAAGGAUAGUCAAGUAUAUCGUAAUGAUAAAUCAAUAUUUUUUAAAACGAAUUUUGCAAUUUUCAUCUCGCGCGCACGUGUUGAAAUAAAUAUUUAGUGUGGCACCAUAGAAAAUAUAAUUUUUAUGAUAUGUUCUCUUGUAGAAAUUAGUGUGAACAUAUGAACSUUAGUUUUCUAAGAUAAAAUAAACAUUGCGUAAAUGAGAA